CAAAUUAUUUAUUUGUUAGUUACUUGCAUAUAAGUUGGGUUUUUUUAUUAAUUACGAAUUUUAUUAAUAAAAACGAUUCAGCAAUUUCAAUCGAGUCAUAUGACUUUGACAUUUCGCUAAAUCAAAACAAACUCAAAACAUCCGUAAAUAUGAGUCCAAAAAGUGAGAAAAUGUGUGAGGAAUACCAUAAAGUAUGUGAUGUAUUAGACAAAUUAACACUAGAUGCUUUGACGCUAAUGGAGGAAGAAAUACAGCUUAAACUUUAUAUUGAAAAUGCUAUGUGUGGUGGAGAAUCCCAUUUAGCAAAGUCUAGAUACAUUUUAGGACAAAACAGUGUGUCAUCCCUUCAAUUACCAUCAGAAGAGGUAGAUAUCAAUGCAAUGGCAAAAGUGGUGCCCAAUGAAGAUCAGAAAUAUUUAAAAUCUCAUGGUGUAGAACUUGCAGUUGCCAAAUGCGAUGAAAACAUUCAAAAUCCACUAAAAUGGUUUGGAUUACUGGUUCCACAGAAUUUGCAUUAUGCACAGAAAAUGUUUACUCAAGCUUUACAAUGGGUGGUUCAAGCAGCUAAUGUCCAGUGGAAACUGAAUGAAACUUGUGUUAAAAUAGAACAGCUAAAGGAAUAUAAAAAUCAAAUAAAAGCCAAAUAAUGUUUCUGCAAUAUUUAUUACACCUAUUUCUAGUUUAAUAAACAAAUUAAUUC